CCACCGCUAGUUAUUAUAAAUAAACGCUGCUCAGCCUGAGUUCACUUCCCACGCGGUUUUUGUGUUUGCUGCCGCCGCGGUUUCCAUUGCUUCUCCCGUCGCUAGGGCGCUCGUGAAUACGUGAUCCAUCGUCUCCAUCUCCGUCUGGUGUGGUGAGGUUUGAGAGACUCGAGGUGUGAGCGUCGCUUCGUCUGGAAUCGGCUCUCUCAUUUGUUAGAUAGAUCCUUCUAUCUCCCCACGUUUGGGCGUCGCUUCGUCGGCUGCGACUUGCGAGACGCCGGCGCCGCCGGCGCCGGUGGACGAAGGCGAUCAAGGAUUAGGCGAUCCGAUCCGAUCCGAACCAAUUCUCCAUUCUUCGAUUCCUUCCUUGGGUGGGCGGCUGCCCUCAGAUUCCUUCCACAUGGCUCGUUCCCCGCCGCCGCCACCCCCUUCCCCGGCGCAAGGGAACGGGAACGGGAGUGGGAGCGGGAGCCUCACCGCCAGAGACGCCCUCGCCUACAUCAAGGCCGUCAAGGACAACUUCCAGGAAAAGCGGCACACGUACGAACAGUUCCUCCAGGUCAUGCGUGAUUUUAAGAGCAACAGGCUCGACAGCGCCGGCCUGAUCGCCCGUGUCAAGACCCUCUUCCACGGCUACCCGGACCUAGUCCUCGGCAUCAACGCCUUCCUGCCCAAGGGGCAUGCCAUCAGGCCUCAGGACCUCAGCGAGGACAAGGAGCCCGUCGAUUAUCCCAGGGCCAUCAACCUUGUCAACAGGAUUAAGAUACGAUUCCAGCAGGAGGAACAUGUCUACAAGUCAUUCCUGGGAAUCCUCAGUAUGUACCGCAUGGAUAACAAGCCCAUUCAAGAUGUUUACGACGAGGUCACCUUGCUGUUCCACGGCCAUCCAGAUUUACUCGAGGAGUUCACUCAUUUCUUGCCUGAUACGCCCAUACCUCCUCCGGAGGCAGGCACUACCUCUAAAGUUAGGAAUGAUGACAAGAAUGCUAUAACGCAUUCUGCCAUGAGAGCUCAGACAGUUCAGAGGGAGAGAGCUCUUCCAUCAGCUGCUGAUUCGGACUCCAGUGUUGAUCGCCUUGAUCUUGAGCAUGAUAUUCAAAAGGGGUGUAUUGGGAAGGACAAAGUCCGUAAUGCCUGCCACGGUCAACAUAGAAGAUAUUAUAAAAGGAAUAGGAAGAAUGACAAAUAUGAAAACGAAGAUUUGGAUGCAGAACAAUCUGGUCCCAAAUCUCAAAGAAAGGUGGAGGGUACCGGUGAUGAUACACCAGGGGUUGCUACCAUGUCCUCAUUCAAUUGUAACGAGGGGGACAGCGAUCCUGAGAAAGAGUCUAAAGUUAGGAAUGAUGACAAGAAUGCUAUAAUGCAUUCUGCCAUGAGAGCUCAGACAGUUCAGAGUGAGAGAGCUCUUCCAUCAGCUGCUGAUUCAGACUCCAGUGUUGAUCGCCUUGAUCUUGAGCAUGAUAUUCAAAAAGAGUGUAUUGAGAAGGACAAAGUCCGUAAUGCCUGCCACGAUCAGCAUAGAGGAGAUUAUAAAAGGAACAUGAUGAAUGACGAAUAUGAAAACGAAGAUUUGGAUGCAGAACAAUCUGGUCCCAAAUCUCAAAGAAAGGUGGAGGGUACUGGUGAUGAUACACCAGGGGUUGCUACCAUGUCCUCAUUCAAUUGUAAUGAGGGGGACAACGAUCCUGAGAAAGAGUCUAAAGUUAGGAAUGAUGACAAGAAUGCUAUAAUGCAUUCUGCCAUGAGAGCUCAGACAGUUCAGAGGGAGAGAGCUCUUCCAUCAGCUGCUGAUUCGGACUCCAGUGUUGAUCGCCUUGAUCUUGAGCAUGAUAUUCGAAAAGGGUGUAUUGAGAAGGACAAAGUCCGUAAUGCCUGCCACGGUCAGCAUAGAAGAUAUUAUAAUAGGAAUAGGAAGAAUGACAAAUAUGAAAACGAAGAUUUGGAUGCAGAACAAUCUGGUCCCAAAUCUCAAAGAAAGGUGGAGGGUACCAGUGAUGAUACACCAGGGGUUGCUACCAUGUCCUCAUUCAAUUGUAACGAGGGGGACAACGAUCCUGAGAAAGAGUCUAAAGUUAGGAAUGAUGACAAGAAUGCUAUAAUGCAUUCUGCCAUGAGAGCCCAGACAGUUCAGAGUGAGAGAGCUCUUCCAUCAGCUGCUGAUUCGGACUCCAGUGUUGAUCGCCUUGAUCUUGAGCAUGAUAUUCAAAAAGAGUGUAUUGAAAAGGACAAAGUCCGUAAUGCCUGCCACGAUCAGCAUAGAGGAGAUUAUAAAAGGAACAGGAUGAAUGACGAAUAUGAAAACGAAGAUUUGGAUGCAGAACAAUCUGGUCCCAAAUCUCAAAGAAAGGUGGAGGGUACUGGUGAUGAUACACCAGGGGUUGUUACCAUGUCCUCAUUCAAUUGUAACGAGGGGGACAACGAUCCUGAGGAAGAGUCUAAAGUUAGGAAUGAUAACAAGAAUGCUAUAAUGCAUUCUGCCAUGAGAGCUCAGACAGUUCAGAGGGAGAGAGCUCUUCUAUCAGCUGCUGAUUCGGACUCCAGUGUUGAUCGCCUUGAUCUUGAGCAUGAUAUUCGAAAAGGGUGUAUUGAGAAGGACAAAGUCCGUAAUGCCUGCCACGGUCAGCAUAGAAGGGAUUAUAAAAGAAAUAGGAAGAAUGACGAAUAUGAAAAUGAAGAUUUGGAUGCAGAACGAUCUGGUCCCAAAUCUCAAAGAAAGGUGGAGGGUACUGGUGAUGAUUCACCAGGGAUUGCUGCCAUGUCCUCAUUCAAUUGUAACGAGGGGGACAGCGAUCCUGAGAAAGAGAGAUAUAAUGAAAGGGGAAAAUCUGAAAGAGUAUUGACCUUCAAUUCUAAGGAAGGAGCAGCUCAUGAAGCUAGUACAUUCCCUAGCAAAGAGAAGUAUAACUUAUGCAAACCAAUAUCAGAGCUUGAUCUGUCAAAUUGUCAGUGGUGCACUCCAAGUUACCGACUUUUGCCUAAAAACUAUCCAGUACCUUCUGCAAGCAAAAGGACUGACAUUGAAGCUUCAGUGCUGAAUGAUUUCUGUGUAUUGGUGACCUCAGGAAGUGGAGCGUUUAAGCAUAUGCGCAAAAAUCAGUAUGAAGAAAUCUUGUUUAUAUGUGAAGAUGACAUGUUUGAGCUGGACGUGCUGUUGGAAUCUGUUAGUGUUACAAUUAAGCGUGUUGAGGAGUUGGUGGAAAGUAUGGAAGGCAACUCACUGAAACCUGAUAGCUCUAUCCACCUCGAUGAACAUUUGACUAGUUUGAAUAUGAGGUGCAUUGAGUGGCUAUAUGGUGACCAUGGACUUGAUGUUGUGGAUGUUCUUCAAAAAAAUGCUGGUGUGACAUUACCAGUUAUUUUAACCAGGCUGAAACAAAAGCAGGAGGAGUGGUCAAUGUGCCAGUCAGAUUUUAAUAAAGUUUGGGCUGAAGUAUAUUCAAAAAAUUAUCACAAGUCUCUUGACUACGGCAGUUUCUAUUCCAAACAACAAAACACAAGAAUCUGAACACAAAAGAUUAACGAAAUCAGUGAGAAGAAUAGAAAGGGGGAUGAUGUGUUACUUGCUAUUUCUGCUGGGAAUAGGUGGCCACUAGUAGGCAAGAAGCAGAGGACUGCUGGAAAGCGUUGGGCUCUGAAGAAGCACAGGCACCCGCCCGCCUGGGCUUCUGGUACCAUGCCGCCGCCCUUGCUUGCGUCGAGGGCCUCCAAGAACCGCACCACCUCGUCCAUGUCAGGGCGCUUCUCCGGGCUCGCGUCCCAGCACUUGUGCAUGAUGUUCGCCAUCGGGCUUGGGCAGCAGCGACAGGCCGCAGGUUCUGCACACACAGAAUGUCAGGCCGCAGGUUCUGGCACAUGCAUGUUCAGUUCAGUAUGUGGACGAUUACCAGCAGUGAAUCCAGGAACUGAGAACAAACCUGAUGAACAACGGCGGAUGAUACGUCUGCAAAGCUGAGGUCUGCAUGUCACAGAUUUCCCACAAGCAUAUGCCAAAGCUGUACACAUGGCACUUCCUGUUGUACGGCUUGCCUUCAAGAACCUGCAGACGCCGACAGAAAAAGACCAAACAGUUGCUCAAAACACUUGUCCUGGUACAGAACGGAAACACAGCAACAGUGAUUGCUUUUUUUUUGUACAGAUCUAAAACAGUAGCGGAAGUAUAGAUUAUAGUGACCCCAUUUUUUUAAAAGAAUUUAAAAGUCCCUUUUUCAUAUAUGUCUUGCUUAAUGCUUACCCUCUAGCAAGAUCCAUUGCUAUCUGAACAACGACUUUGUACGCGAGCUUCCUUCGCCUGUUCUUUAUCAAAUACUGUUUCAGUGUU